AUGAAGCCGGAAACGAUUCACCACGUUUUGAGCACCGGAAAUUCUGCCCGAGCCCUUGGCACAAUCAAUUGUGAGGCAUUAAGCAAUGAGAAUGAGCAAUCGUACCCAGAGCCGAACCGGUCAGCAAAUCCGUUUGACGGUGGUUUCUUCGAUGUCUCCAAUAAGAAUGAAUCAGGAAAGGACAAACUGAUCCGGAUGGUUGAUGGUCAGGAUGAUCCAGAACCUCAGGCAGCGGGAGGCCUAGCUCUACAGGCCUGGCGAGCGCUGGAGUCGGUAUAG